CGGGCGGGGAGGAUCAGUGUGUGAGUGUGUUUACCAAAGUGUGUGUGUGUGUGCAGCGUGCGAUAUAGCUGUGUGUGUGCGAGGGUGUCAGUCUCACAUGGAGUGUAAUUAAAAUCAGGAAGAAACUAAAGAAGAAGAAGAAGAAGACAGCAAGGAGAGAGGAGAGGAGUGGAGGAAAGUGUGAAGGGAGGAGGGAAGAAAAGAAGGAGAAGAAAAGGAGGAGGAAGAGGAGAAGAAGAAAGAGAGAAGAAGAGGAGUAAAGCUCUGAUACUGAUACUAUUGCUGCUGACAGCUCCACUCCUGCAUGGAGACGUGAGGAGGAAUGCAGGGGAGGAUUAUCUCUCCCUCAGGACCCAGCACUAAUCUCUACACACAAACACACACGCACACACACGCACACACACACACACACACACACACCUUGUGUCUUGUAAAAGACCUUUGGCAUGUGGAUUAUUGACUUUGUAGCUUCAGCAGGGCAGCCAUGUUUGAAGUUCUGCAGCACUGGAGGAGUGAUAUAACUGAACAUUUUGAAUGCUGAACAUGAUUUCUCAGGUAGAGGUUUUUUCUUUGUUGGUGUUUUUGGGGAAGUUUGAAACGCCGUUGUUGCUCCACCUGCUGCACGAAAGUCGAAUGCAACAGUUCAAUGAUUAAACUGUGGGUGCAGCACUUUGACUUAACAGAAAAGUGAAUAACUUGAUCAUGUUUUCGUACAUUUAUAUGAGAAGACUUUUCUACAAUGUGGUUUAAAUCGCAGUGCAUAAAUCAGGCGUUUUAGCUGUGGACCCUCAAGUGGGCUUUGACUUGUAGUUCUUUUCUUAAAGGUUCAUUAUGGUACUCAAACUGUCGUACUUUAGAAGUUAAGAAAAGUAUUUAGAGUAUAGCACGGCCAUUUUUAAGUGAAUCUCAGUUGUCAAAUCUCCCGUGCAGACCUGUUUUUGUCCCGCUUUUAUAGACAUUUUUAAAUUAGCCGUUUUUGUUAUGGACCCUGGUGUGAGCCUUUGCCAUCAACCGGCCUUCAUUGUGAUUCUUUAAGUGCUAUUUUGAGAUUUCUCAUACAAGCAGUUCUAGUUGUGGAUACUGGGUUUUGUUACUCUUGUGUGUUUAUAAGGCAUAUUUCAUGCUAUAACAACUUUAUAAAUCGACUAACGUGGUGUUGCUUGAGUCCCAAAGUCUAGUAAAGGAUCUGACCAGAGGACUUGGAGGAGCGUUUGGAGGCUUAUUUCGAUUUAUGAGAAUAUCUAAAAUUCUGCAAGAGCGACAAAAACGUCCCCGUCGAUAUAAAUCAGGUCAUGAAACAGGAAGAAUGGAGGGAAUUCUUGCGAUGGAUCCAGACCAGGUACUAGACCCCGAUGUGACGCGACGUGGAGCUGGACUCGCAGCCCGUGAGGACACCCUCGAAGAGCAAACGGAAAGAGAAGAAGAACGUUCGCUACAAGGAGGUGAUGGAGAUUUCAGCUCCGCCUCCUCCUCCUCUAACUCCUCCCUGCCUUCCUCCUCUUCCUCCUCCAUCGUCCCGCUGGUGUUAUCGCCUCCUCCGAUCCGCGUGGAGGAGGAGAAGGAGGCGCUGACCGGCUGCUCCAAGUCUUUCACCGCACUCAAGAUCUUCACCAGGAGGAAAGCUAUCGCCAAGUCCGGCCUUCACCAUCUGCCCUGUCAGCCAAGCACAUCAUCUCUGAACAGAACCGACCCCGAGGCAAUUAUCCGCAGCACUCUGGACUGGACUGACUCGGCUCUGUACGGAGAUCAUAUCUGGUUCGAGACGAAUGUUUCUGGAGAUUAUUGUUAUGUAGGAGAACACUGCAUCGCCAGAGCACAGCAAAAGUCGGUCAUCCGAAAGAAGUGUGCAGCCUGUAAGAUCGUCGCCCACACCAUCUGUAUCGAACAACUAGACAAGUUUACCAGCUCUAGUGCCAUUCUGCUGGACGCCACGCUGCCCCUCAAUGAGCCCGACUUUAGAAUCAACUUCAGGUGUAAACCGUCUUUCAGGGAAUCGGGCUCCAGGAACAUUCGAGAGCCCAUCGUUGUGCGUCAUCACUGGGUUCACCGGAGGCGUCAGGAAGGGAAAUGUAAACAAUGUGGAAAGGGAUUCCAGCAGAAGUUUACUUUCCACAGUAAAGAGAUCGUGGCCAUCAGCUGCUCGUGGUGCAAACAGGCCUACCACAACAAGGUGUCCUGCUUCAUGCUGCAGCAGAUUGAGGAGGCGUGUCCAAUAGGAGCUCACGCUGCUCUCAUAGUCCCGCCCACCUGGAUUAUACGAGUAAAACGGCAUCAGUCGUCCAUGAAGUCGAGUAAGAAGAAGAAGAGGACGUCGUUCAAGAGGAAAAGCAGCAAGAAAGGAGCAGAGGAAGGACGACUGUGGAAGCCGUUCAUAAUCCGGCCGAUCCCUUCACCUCUGAUGAAACCGCUGGUCGUGUUUGUUAACCCUAAAAGUGGAGGAAACCAGGGCACUAAGAUCCUGCAGUCCUUCAUGUGGUAUCUGAACCCCCGACAGGUGUUUGACCUGAGCCAAGGAGGACCGACUGAGGGGUUGGAGCUGUAUCGUAAAGUCCACAACCUGAGGAUCCUCGCCUGUGGAGGAGACGGCACUGUUGGCUGGAUCCUGUCUUGUCUCGAUGAGCUCGGAUUAAACCCUCAACCUCCCGUCUCCGUGUUACCGCUGGGUACGGGAAAUGACCUCGCCAGGACCCUGAACUGGGGAGGGGGCUACACGGACGAACCCCUGUCUAAGAUCCUCUCACAUGUCGAGGAUGGGACCGUCGUGCAGCUAGACAGAUGGAAUCUACAGGUUGAACCGAACCAAAAUACAGGGGCUGAACCGGACGAACAACAAACUGAUAAGCUUCCUCUCGAUGUUUUUAAUAAUUACUUCAGUCUUGGAUUUGACGCCCAUGUGACUCUGGAGUUCCACGAAUCAAGAGAGGCGAACCCGGAGAAGUUUAACAGCCGCUUUAGGAAUAAGAUGUUCUACGCUGGGACGGCGUUCUCAGAUUUCCUGAUGGGAAGCUCCAAAGACCUGUCGAAGCACAUCAAAGUGGUGUGUGACGGCACAGAUUUAACGUCGAAGGUUCAGGACUUGAAGCUGCAGUGUUUGGUCUUCCUCAACAUCCCCAGGUAUUGUGCCGGCACCACACCUUGGGGAAACCCUGGAGAGCACCACGACUUUGAGCCGCAGCGGCACGAUGACGGGUACAUCGAGGUCAUCGGAUUCACAAUGACGUCACUGGCCACUCUCCAGGUUGGCGGUCACGGCGAGAGGUUGAACCAGUGCAGAGAAGUCACCCUCACCACCACUAAACCUCUCCCAGUGCAGGUGGAUGGAGAACCGUGCAGACUCGCUCCGUCCGUCAUCCACAUCAGCCUGAGAAACCAGGCCAACAUGGUGCAGAAAACCAAACGACGGACCUCCCUGCCUCACAUGAACGAUCAGCAGCCGGUCCCCGAGCGGCUGAGGAUCCGGGUCAGCAGGAUCAGCAUGACGGACUACGAGGCUCUGCACUACGACAAGGACAAACUACGGCAAGCAUCCAUUCCUCUGGGCCUGAUCGUGGUUCCUGGUGACAGCGACUUAGAGACCUGCAGAGAGCACAUCCAGCGUCUGCAAGAGGACUUCUGCUCUGUCCAGCCUCCCUUCAGAUGCUUUGGACCGCAGGAGGAAGCAGCCAAACCAAAGAUUGUGUCCUCGCAGAGAUUAUCUCCAAAGUGGUGUUUCCUCGACUCCACGACAGCUGAUCGCUUCUACAGGAUCGACCGAGCACAGGAACAUCUGAACUACGUCUCAGAAAUCUCCCAGGAGGAGAUCUUCAUCCUGGACCCUGAGCUGGUCGUUAUGAUGACAGUAGGCACCUCCGCCAUGCCGGACCUGGUGAACCCCGCCUCCAGCCUGGAAAUCAGCAGUUCCUCCCAGAGGCAGCGAGUGAACAGUGACAGCUCUGCAGCCGACGCUUUAUCCCACUGCGCCGCACCUCUGCCCAGCAAACUGACCAGGGCGGGAUGUAUCCAUCGUUCAAACACCACGGCUGCUGAUUUUAAACCCAAACUGAGAACGGAGAAGAGCCAGAAAAUGAGCGAUCCGGAGAGAGAAAAAGAGCUGCUGGUUGAGUGUGUGAAGAACAACGACUUAAAGAAGCUGCAGGAGCUGCACCUGAAGGGAGCCGACCUCACGUCACUCGACUCGUCCGGCUGCAGUUUACUUCAUCACGCUGCCAGCGCAGGAAGCAAAGAGAUGGUCCGCUACAUCCUCGACAACGCUCCAAGUGAUCUGCUGGACGUUACAGAAAAACUGCAGGGGGAGACGGUCCUUCACCGAGCUGCGUCCCUGUGUCAAAGAACUAUCUGUCAUUAUCUGGUUGAAGCAGGAGCCUCGCUCAUGAAGACAGACCUACAGGGCGACACUCCGAAAAACCGAGCCGAGAAGUCUGAGGACGCCGAGCUGGCGGCGUAUCUGGAGAACCGACAGCACUACCAGAUGAUCCAGAGGGAGGAUCAGGAGACGGCCGUCUGACACUGAAGUCUGAACUUUUUUUUUUUUUACGAGCGUCGUCAGACUGACCGAGUGACAGACGGCGGCUCGUUCGGGGCUUCAGGGUGUGACGGGAGGACUCGUCUGAUCCCUCACCAGAGAAGCUGUGCCAAAACCUGCAGUGGCGGUUCUAGACCACUUUUACUGAGGGGGCCAAACUGGGGGCAGUUGUUUUGUCAAUGGGGAACAUUAAACCAAAUUAGACAAAGAUGAUCGCUUUAAAAAAUAUAUAUUAUGCCAAAAAAAUACCAUGAUUUAUAUUAGUUUCAGUAUUUAAUACUAGAUUGUGAGUCCGGUUGUUGAGUCAAAUACUCGGGGGGCUCUUCCUUUUGGAGGGGGGGCCACAGGGGGGGACCAAGCUCAGUGUUACAGGGACACUGGCCCCUGUUGGCCCCUGCCUAGAACCGCACAUGAAAACCGGAACUCAACGUGUUUAAUAGAGACUUCAGCGGACCAACAGUCGGACUGUGUUCUUGUUUCUGACUUUGGAAACGAAACUCUAAAAGGAUUUCAUAUCAAUCAAAGUCCAGGAACUCGAAAUAAUCAUCGUAUGUAAAUGAGAAAUAAAGAAAAGCUUUGUGUGAUGUAAGUGUCUACUCUAGUUUAAAGGAAAGUGUUUAUGUCCAGAUUGUAUCUCAGGAAGAUUUCAGAAAGUGUUCACCUCAACUCUUCUUAAAAAUGGCGUCCCGCUCAGCGACCCCACGAGGGAAAUCAGAAGAAAAAGAUUUAGCCAAAACAUUCAUGAAUCAUCACAACUGUGAAAGAGUUUAGCAUCGUGUGAAUCAAACAGUGAUCUUUAUUCCUUGUAGAUUUGGUGCCAAAACAAUAAAUAAAUAAAUAAUAAUAUUUCAGACAUUUCCCUGCUGAAUCUAACCACAAACACAAUGAGGUUCACAAAUGAGUUUGUAAAUGCAGACUGAACAGUUUAUAUAUUUGUGGAUUUCUAUUACAUAUAAAAACUAUAAAGAUUUGUGUGUGAAUCACAAAUACAUUUGUGAAUCUUAUUUUUGAAUUUGUAUUUGUCCCAUCACUGUCAUAUCUUUAUUCUAAUCUUAUUGUAUUUAUUGAUGUAUUUUGAUAUUUUGAGUGAACCUGUACUCCACGUGUCUUUGGAUUGUCCCCCGGGGAUAAAUAAAGUUCUUUUUAAUUUUAA